UUCCUUGACACUAUUUUUUGUAGGUGGAAUUUUUGGGGCUGCACACAUCCCCCUUUGGAUUCCUUACAGUUUCUGUCCCCGGCUUGAAGGAGAGGACAGGGGAGAGGGAGAAAGCGAUAGAAGAGAGGAUUUAGUACUGAAGAGAGAGAGUGGGAGAGGAGAGAGGGAUCAUGUCUGGACUCUCGGCAGUGUUGAAGAGCUGGGUCAUCCUGCAGACUCUGUGCCUGGCGCUGGCCCAAGUGAACGGUCCUCCAGGACCUCAAGGCAAUCCCGGUCCGCCCGGUCCCUCUGGCACCCCCGGGUCUGAUGGCAUUGAUGGGGAAAAAGGACCUCCUGGACCUUCUGGCCCACAAGGGUUGAAGGGGGACCCAGGUGAGCCUGGUCCAGAUGGACGUCCCGGAGAGAACGGCAUCGACGGUUUGAUGGGACCAAAGGGAGACGGCGGCCCUAUCGGGAACCCUGGACCUAAAGGCCAGCCUGGACCUGGUGGUGAACCUGGACCCACUGGACCCGGACUGCCUGGACUGGCUGGAGCCCCAGGCCCAAUCGGCCUUCCCGGUGAGAUUGGACAGACUGGACCUACGGGCAUAUUGGGAGAACCUGGACCUCCAGGAAUUCCAGGACCCCCAGGAAAACCAGGUCCUCCGGGGAAGUUCUUGGGAGGAGAGGAGGGCAGUGCAGACUUCCAGUGUCCAAUCAACUGCCCAGCAGGACCUAAGGGUCCCCAGGGACUGCAGGGGGUCAAGGGACACAAAGGUCGUGCUGGUGUGCUGGGAGAGCCUGGCAGCAUUGGGAAACUGGGUACGAAGGGAGAGGUCGGCAUCUCUGGUGAGCAGGGAAUCCCAGGACCCCCGGGUCCUAUGGGAUUGAGGGGUUACCCAGGAAUGAUGGGCCCCAAGGCAGAGGCGGGCCCUCGUGGUUACAAGGGCAUCAAUGGACCAGUUGGCCAACCUGGACCGCCAGGUGAGGAGGGACCUCAGGGACCACCUGGAGAGGCUGGGGAGAAAGGAGAUUUAGGUGGUCGAGGUAUCAAGGGCCCACAAGGAGCUGUUGGCAAGAAGGGAGAGAAUGGUCUGCCUGGUAUCGACGGAAAGGAUGGCACUCCUGGCAUCCCUGGAAUCAAGGGUGCCCCAGGGCAGGCUGGGAGGCCUGGUGGUCCCGGUCACCAGGGAACAGCAGGUUUGCCUGGAAGCCCCGGAACCAAGGGUGGACCUGGAGGCAAGGGAGAGCCUGGUCCCAGAGGUCAUGUUGGAAUGUCUGGUGCCCCAGGACCUCAGGGUGAGCCUGGUCUUCCUGGUGAAGCUGGUAUGGAGGGCGUUCCUGGACCUAAGGGUGACAGAGGCCAGAGGGGAGCUGUAGGGCCACAGGGUAUUGUCGGCAAGGCUGGCAACAAGGGUAUGAGAGGGCCUAUGGGUGUCCCAGGGGCUCAAGGCAUCUCAGGAACCAAGGGAGACAAGGGAUUCCAAGGAAAAGUUGGGUCGAAGGGAGACUUUGGUGAUCCUGGUGUAGAAGGCUUGGCUGGGGAGAAAGGAGAGAAGGGUUUGGGUGGUGAGCCUGGACCCAAAGGACAGCAAGGAGUGAGGGGAGAGACAGGGUUCAAUGGCCCCACAGGAGACUCAGGCAAACCAGGAGACCAGGGACCAGGAGGACUGCCUGGGCCUCGCGGUCUCAAUGGGGAGAGAGGAGUUCCAGGCAUGCCAGGCAUUGUGGGGGCAGCAGGACGGGAUGCAUCAGACCAGCACAUCAUUGAGGUGGUUCUGAAGAUGCUGCAAGAGCGUCUGGCGGCUGUAGCGGUGAGCGCUAAGCGUGCCGUACUGGGUGGAGCCGGUGUCAUGGGUCCCCCUGGUCCUCCUGGACUCCCAGGAGCUCCCGGUGCUCAGGGCCCACACGGCCUCACCGGCGCCCGCGGCAUCCCUGGCAUGUUUGGAGCCUCCGGACAGAUCGGCAACACCGGACUGAAAGGAAAGAGAGGAGCGAAGGGAGACAGAGGAGAUCCUGGUAAACCACAUGCUGGCCAGCCAGGACCCCCGGGAAUAACAGGACCCCCUGGUAUUGACGGAGUGGCUCGAAACGGUAAGCCCGGUGAUCGAGGCCCCCAGGGCUCGGCAGGAGAAGCUGGCCGUCCUGGUAAGGCGGGCCCCACUGGUCUUCCAGGGUUCUGUGAGGCUGCAGCCUGCCUAGCUGCCUCGGCCUACACCUCCCCCAGACUACAGGACUCCGCCAGGGUCAAGGGCCCCGGAGUCUAACCUGAGACCUCUCCAUCAAGAGCCCCACAACACCAGGGUGAAAGAGAGAGACAGAAGAGAGAGAAGCAGGGAUAGAGGAGAGAGAGAGAGACAGAAGAGAGAGAACCAGGGAUAGAGGGGAGAGAGAGAGACAGAAGAGAGAGAAGCAGGGAUAGAGGGGAGAGAGAGAGACAGAAGAGAGAGAAGCAGGGAUAGAGGAGAGAGAGAGAGACAGAAGAGAGAGAAGCAGGGACAGAGGAGAGAGAGAGAGAACUCUUCUUUAUUGGAUCCCAACGAGAGCGAGGAGUUGGGGAAAUACUAUCAUGACUGACAUUGCCCCUCUGACCCCUAAACUGACGACCUUCAGUUGAACUGUUUGGAGACUGUUUGCAACAUACACCAUGCCCAUCUACAUUAAAUCACCCUGAGGACAGCCACUCACAGCCAAUAACACCCCUCUGAAAUUACAAUCUCUGGUUCGGGAUUGGCUUUUUUCAAUGUCAGUCACAUCCAACUGCCUCACCCCCAACCACAGAGGGAAAUAGAAUGAUGCUGCGUUCAAAACAACUGGGUGCUCAGAACUCUGAAAUCUCAGACUUCCAACUUUAGUGCGUUCAAGACAUCUGGGAACUCAUUAAAAAAACGAGCUCAGACUGGAAAAAAAUAGUUUUGAACGGUCAUCCAACUCGGAAUUCCAACUCGGAAUUCUCAAGCCUCUUUCAAGAGCUUCAACUUUCCAACCUGAAGAUCACUGACAUCAUGAUUUUUUUUCGGGUUCCCAGUUGUCUUGAACGCGUCAUGGGAGAAACGUAGUGACAUCAGAAUCAUAUCCAGUGAUGUCAUUGAAAUGUAAUCAGCAGCAGCCGUAGCCCCUGGACUGGGAGGACUAGAGAUAGACUUUGUGUCUAAUGAUUGGUGCUUUUUUAUUUUAUAUACCGUGGUCACUUUAAAUGAUAUUGUUUAAUACCUGAAAUAUGAAUUUUUAUAAAUGUUUUGAAGCAGAAAAGGCAAGCAUAUGACCCACUCCACCCGCCACCAAACAACAAGUGGCUUACAAGUGUACACAAAAGUACCAAUAAAAGAUUAGGAUCAAAAUCCACGCUCCAUACUGUACCUUUGUAAGAUGUAUUGCUAAAAUCCUCGCCUAUAUGCUCGAGUGAAAUAGUGAAAUGCUCGAGUGAAUUAUCUCACAUGUACAUUUGCCGCCCCUUUCUACCUUUGCCUCAUUUUAGAAAACAUGUUUUCUUUAGCCUUGAUCUCUUCCUCUAGUUGACUGGCAACAACACUCCCAUCUAUUUCCCAUAAGUCAGUGCUGCACAACUUUGUAAAUGUUUGUCUUACUGUAAUCAAUCUUUCUAUGCCACUGUCAACUAACUUCCACAGAGUCAAUCAAUGUCAACAUUCUAAUAACAACUAGGACAUGUUAUUUUCAUUAACAUAAACUAUUUAUUGUUCUUUAUAUGAUUCAUCUGUAAAGACGUGUAAUUUCUUUUUUCCCCCCUGGUUGUUCAGGUCAACCAAUUCCAAAACAAUACAAAAUAAAGUUUUGUAAAACCUGAA